AUGUAAUAAUUAAUGCUAUAAAAAUAAAAGUAAGAAGAAUUUAAUAACAAGUUUUUUGGGAGAGCCAAAAAAGGAAUGCUAAAGAGAUUCUUUUUUUAUGAUCGGACUCUAAAUUAUGUAGAAACUCCAAUCUUCACAGAAUUCAGUGGAAGAAAGUAAAUAGUUCCCAUGAGGAAUACGUAAUGUUUAAAACCGACCUGCAUUUACGAUCUUCAAGAACUCUAUGAACGAUAUGAGAAAUAGAAUUAUUCAAGUUAUGCAAACUUUAUGUGUCACACUUGUAGAAAGAUGAUCGACUUAUAGGGUUUUUAUAUGGAUGAAGAUAUGAGGAAGAUUAAUGAAGUUAUCUGGAACACUUACAACAAAUUCAGUAUACAAUGUUCGAAGGCAGCCAUCUUCAAAGAUGGUUCAUGGGAAGCUGUCCUACCAGAGUAUUUGAAAAGGAUGUAUCGUAAAAAUGUGGAGGAUUACGAUGCGAAAUAGAAUGAUGAUGAUUUGAUAGAUUAACCUGACGAGAUACUCAAGUUUGAAUUGCCAUUGUUGCACGAAUUCGAUGUUCAGGAAUAUGCCGAGUUAUUGGAACAAGAAGACGAAGGAGAUGAGAGACAUCAUGACAGUGACAUCUUAUUGAGACGCUACAACUUACAAGUAAAGUGGGGAGAAUUUACAUAAUUCAAGAACCAAGUAGCAGUUUCAAUUAAUGUUAUGGGAAUCUUUAUGCGUUAUUUACAUGAUUAUCUUGAGGACAGGAAAAACACGUUUAAAAUGCAAGCCAAACUCAAAUUAGGUGUCUUAUGCAUUAAAGUUGUAAAUUAUGAUCGUUUCUCUAAAAGAGCUGAAUUCUUCUUUCUCUCUGACAACUUGGAGGGUCCAAAAGCAAAUUACACUGAAUAUGAGUAGGUUAUUAUGGCAAUAUACUAUGAUGAGAGAUGGAUUGCCUUGAUUUGUGACAUUGAAGCAAGGAGAUUGAAAAUGAUUGAUUUUCUUGAAGAAACCAUAGCUCGCACCACCCUAGAUGAAGUCUAUGAAUUAGGGCAAUACUUGAUUUCUCAGAUCUUUCAGCCUUACAAAUUUGCCAAGAACCCCUCAAGAGAGUUGCUUAUUGGUUAGAUUCAAGAGGAUAUGAGGAAUGAAAUUCCUAGAAAAAUAUAAUUGUAUUGUGAUUGUGGUCAUCAUAUUGCAUAAUAUUUCUAUUAUUACAUUUUGGAAGAGAUAGAAUUAAUGAAGAUUCAACAGAAAUGGCCUCAAGAUGUAGGACUUAAAUAGAAGAUCCAUAAUGUUAAAUAUAAAUUGGGGGAAUAGGAUUAUUUCACUGCUAAAAUAUGUUGGGUUCUACUCAAAAUGGCAUAAAAUACUGGUUUUAAAAUACUUGUAUAUGAUAUGAAACCGAAGGAGAAAAUAGAAAAGGACACUCUUGAUGAUUUUGUAAUUGAAUAAGCCAGGUUGAAAGCUGAGAAACUUUGGGAGGAUAAUAAAUAACAAAAGCAAACUACAUUUUAAGUUGUUCAUGGUUUUAACCAAGUUGAAGAAGUUGUGAUAUCGAAGAGUAAUGAUAAGUAAAAUGAUCAGAAGUAAAAUAAACAAAAAAGUAGAGUUGAAAAAUAUUGGGGAGUGGAAAGUGGAAUUUAAUUCAAUAAUUAAAGAAAUUUAUAACCUAAUAAUGCAUAAUAAUAAUAAAAGGAUAAUUCUUUGUUGAGUAAUUUGAGCUUUUAGUUUGGUAAUUAAGAUAAACCAAUAGUGAGACAUUAAUCAUAGCUGAAAGAUGACUCUAAAUCAAUAUAUGAUGUUCUAGGAGAAAUGAAUGGAAACAAUAAUAAUAAUAAUAAUUAAAAGAAAGAAGUGUAGAACUAAAAAAAAGAAAAACCUUUUUUAGUUAUGCCUAAAGCAUAAUUACAAUAAUAUUUAUCUGAUUAUAAGCAAUAAAUCAUUACAGAAUAUAAGUAAUAAGCCUUAUUGAAAGGAUAUAAAUAACAAAUGAUUGGAGAAUUCAAUGUAAGCGGUAAGAAAAAGCAGGCAGAAUACGAUUCCAAGCAAUUGACUGAGAGCCAAUACCAUCGAUUGUUAUUGAAUUUGGACAAGAGCUUGAAUCAAAGUGAAUAGAGGGAAUUGAAGCAGCUACAAUCUGAGUUGGGUUUGAACGAACAAGAUUUGGCCAAUUUGGAUGCUUAUCAAUAUGAUCAAAUACUUGACAUGAUGAAUUAAUGA